UCUACUACUCUUCCAAUUUGGACAGAGAAGAAGAAAAGAGGCGAUGAUGUCUCAGGUUGGUGUCUUUUCUCCAAUCAGUCCCAUGGACUCUUCCAAUUUCCCAAAAGGUAAUCUUCUCUCUCUACCUCCACACCCAUCUCUGACUGUUUCCUUUCGUACUCAUUCUCACUCUAGAAACCCUAGUUCUCCAAAUACGAGUCCAGAAAACCGCCCACCACAGCCGAGAAAAAGGACCUCUGUUAACCCCAAUGGACUCCGAGAAGCUCGCGAGUUUCCCAAUCGGAUCCCCCGAACGCGACCUUUUCCGCCCAUUUUUAGUUUCACCACGGCGUUAGGGACUCUUGCGAAAAGGGGUCAUUACACGGAGGCUCUCUCUCUUUUCGAAAAGUUGCGGUUACGAAGCGUUGGUGUAAAUUUUUAUACCUUGAACAUCGCAAUUAACUGUUACUGUCGCGUGAAUCGAGUUGGUUUCGGGUUCUCUCUGCUAGGCAGCAUCUUCAAACACGGUUUUAAACCGGAUGUUGGCAGCUUUACCACGCUGUUAAGGGGACUUAUUUUAGAAGAUAACGUUCCCGAGGCCGUGGAGUUAUUCGAGAUGUUAAUGAGGAGGAGAGAGAUUGAGCCCAACGAGUUUAUGUAUGGGACAGUUAUUAAUGGGCUUUGCAAGAAGGGAAACACGGGAGCGGCUGUUAGGUUGCUUAGGAUCAUGGAAGAGGGAAGUUGUAAACCGAACAUAGUUGUGUAUAGCACAAUCAUCGACGGUCAUUGCAAGAAGGGAAUGGUGGAUGAUGCUUUGAACCUUUUUUACGAAAUGAAAGAGAAAGGGGUUCAACCAAAUGUUGUUACUUAUAACUGUUUGAUUAAUGGUUUAAAUAAGUCUGGCCGGUGGAAGGAAGCUAAUGGAAUGUUGGGAGAAAUGUUGGAUAUUCGUAUUUCUCCAGACAUCAUUACCUUCAGUGUCUUGGUCGAUGCACUUACGAAGGAAGGGAAGUUAAAAGAGGCAGAGGAAGUAAUUGAAAGCUUGAUUCAAAGAGGCGUGAAUCCUAAUGUAAUCACGUACAAUUCUCUAAUACAUGGAUAUUGUUUGCAAGGCCAGAUGGAUGAGGCAAUGAGAGUGAUGAAUACCAUGGUGGAUAGGGGUAUUCAAGCUGACAUUCAUAGCUACAGCACUUUAAUUGAUGGAUACUUCAAGAACAUGAAAAUAGAUGAGGCUAUGCAUCUCUUUUCAGAAAUGAAUGAAAAAUGCCUCCACCUAGAUUUUGUUACGUAUAACACUUUGAUUCGUGGCUUAUGUGAUUUUGGCCGGUGGAAGGAGGUUACAAGAGUGUUUGGAGAAAUGUUGGGUGCUGGUAUUUCUCCAGAUAUUGAGACAUUCAAUAUCUUUAUUGAUGGACUUACCAAGGCAGGGAUGGUAAAAGAGGCAGAGGAAGUAAUUGAAAGUAUGAUUCAAAGAGGUGUGGAUCCUGAUGUAAUCUAAUCUCAUACAAUACUUUAAUGAAAGGAUAUCGUUUGCAAGGCCAAAUGGACAAGGCAAUGGGAGUGUUGAAUACCAUGGCGGAUAGAGGCAUUCAACCUGAUGCCAUUAGCUUCACCAUUUUAAGAAAUGGAUAUGGCAAGGACAUGAAAAUAGUCUAGGUGAUGCAUCGCUUUUUUGAAAUAAGAGGAAAAGGCCUUCAUCAUGUUGUUCUUAUUUAUACCACCUUGAUUCAAGGUGUAUCUGUGAAGGAGUUCUAAUAUGGCAUUGUGCACGAAGCUAAAGUUGUAAGGGAGGAGCACUGGAUAUUUAAUUUGUAAUCUGUUGUGGACUGUAGCUAAUAGCAAUAUGCAGCAUACUCACUUGCAUCUUUUAAUUCAGUUUUGGCCACAUUGAUAGAGCUUUAAAUUGAGCACCUGUGGUUUUCAUUUGUUCUUGUGAUUUCUGUGAGAAAGAAAGAAAUCUAAGCUUCCUGUUUAUUAUUGUGCAAAA